AGAGGCUCACGGACGCACAGAGCGAAACAUCUUCAGACUUCGGACCAAAACUGGAUGGAAGUUACACAUAUCUGCGUGGACAAGGAAUCAGAAAGUGUCACAAACCAUUCAGGUCUUUCUCACCAGACUGUGGAGAAGGUUCAACUGGAUUCCGGGAAAACAAAGGUUACUAGUACGUCACUUGCAUCUGUAAAACAUGCAUCAAAACCUGCUGCUGGAAAUGCUGGAACAAAACACACUGUUCCACAGCCAUUUACCUUAGCUACAGAAAAGCGUGCUUCAUGUGGAACUCGUCUAGUCAGUGUUGCUCUUAAUUGCGGUAAUGGUGUUUAUAAAUUAUCCAAUACAAGCGAUCUGCGACAUUUUAAUACCACAAAGCAUAACCAGCCAAUAUCACCGUUGGUACGAAGGAAGCCAUUGCAACCAGAUAAGAAGAAGCAUUCUGAUGAGGAAGAUUCCUGUUCUGUAGCUUCCAUCACAGUAGCAUCUGCACGAACUCUUAGGUUCAGAGAAACUGUUGCAUCUGCUCCAACGUUAAGAUGCACUGAGCGUGCGAAGAAAAGGAAGGAGUUUUAUUCAAGGUUAGAGGAGAAGCACCAAGCACUGGAGGUGCAAACAACUAAACGUGAUGCAAGGACCAAGGAAGAGGAGGAGGCAGCUAUCAAGCAACUGAGAAAGAGUUUAGCAUUUAAGGCAAACCCGAUGCCAAGCUUCUAUCAUGAGGGACCUCCACCUAAAACUGAACUUACAAAGCUGCCACCAACUCGUGCAAAAUCACCAAAGCUUGGCCGGAGGAUGAGCUGCAGCAGCACAUCCGAAGUAUCCCGAGGAGACAGAAUGAAAGGAAAUCAUCACAGUAUGGGUAGUUACAAAGAAGGCACCGCUUAUGUUGGUUCCCUGAAAAGCGAGGGUCAGAUCAACAUCCAAAAUGGCAAUGCUGUUUGCUAGUUUCAUUGAUGAGAAUAGGAAAGUGGACGAGAUAAACAAGUUCGAUCCGGCCAACCUAAAUGGACAGCAUACGGACAUUUAUGUUCAAUCCUGAGUUUUCUGGUGAGUGUCCUAAUUGAUAGGAGGACCUCUCAAGUAUGUGCAUGUUUUGUUUGUGUAAAUCGCAGCGACUUGUUGCAUUGAUUGUGUGUAAUGUAUGAAGUGUACACAUCUUCUGUCAUUUAUAUCAAUUCGUGUAUAUGAAGGGUUAUUUAUUCACCACGAAGACUGUUUGUACUCUUGUUUGAAUAAUCUAUCUAAUGUUGGAGAUCAA